AUGGAACCAAAUAAAAAACCCAUCAUACAUUCCUCUUCCUACACAGAAAUAUUCGAAGAACUAAACCAUUCAAACAUCAAAAGUUUUGAUUUUGAAAGUUCAGAUGAAGAGUUGGAUGAGAAGAUCAAAGAAGAAGAAAAUGACAAAAAGAUUUCAACUUUAGAUGAAAAAUGGGAAUGGAAUAGUAAUGGGUCAAAAGGGUUGAAUGAGUUUCCUCCUCCUAUCUCAUGUAUAGGGAAAAGUGGAAAACCUUCGGUUAGUUUUAAGUGUUACAGGAACAAUGAAAGAAUUGUUCUUAAAGAAAUUCCAACACAAGAUUUUUUGCAUGCUAGUAGAGAUAAUGGAAGGCUCACGCUACACUUUGUUCAGCACGAUGCACAAGAAGAAGAAGAAGAAGAUUGUGAUGGUGGUGUAGAAAGUAAUAAUGUAGAGGAAGAAGAAAAGAGUGAAUGA